UGGGCGUUGGCAGGGUCUAGGACCACGGCAGGGGCUGCCACAGCAGGGCCCUGCAGUGUGGGCUGGGUCCUUGUCGCUAAAACAGAGAAGCCACUUCUCUUGGGACCACAAGGCAACUGUCCCAUGCUCUACUGAGCACGGCCCAGAGAGAGCCCCCCCAAACAAAAUACGCCCUACUGGAUGCCAGCCCCGGGGACCUUCGCCGCAGCAGCUCAUCCCAUUCUCGUGACCAUUCUUUGAAACAGUUGUACCUGUUCUACAGGCGCAGGAGGUCGGGUUGAGGCUGGAAGCUGAGGGAACUGUGGGUGCCAUGCCUCUGCAACUCCUCCUACUGCUGACCCUGUUGGGCCCUGGCAGCAGCCUCCAAGCGUGGGACACCUGGGAGGAUGCGGCCAAAGAAGCCCCAGACCACCUGUUUGCCCGGGCCCGGAGGCAGGUGGACCCUGGGGACGAUGGCUUUGACGUGUACGAAGAGUCCUAUAACACAGACCCUCCAGAGAUGCUUGGAAAUGAUGGCACAGAGGCUGUGACCCUGAGCCCCAACCUCCAGGCUGCGACGGGACUACUGGGGCAGAGAGAUUCUGCAGGGCCUGGUACUCCUGAGCCGGCCCCUCUGGGGGUGGUCAGAGGCGACUCUACUGGCCCGGAUGCGAGAGGGGCAACCAUCAGGGACCUCGGCACGGAGUUUGUGACAGCGGGGAUUCCCAUCACGCCAAUCUUUCUGCCCCAAAAGCUGGUCACUUCAAUCCCUCCCAUCACGGAGGCUUCAUCUACACAGGGGGCUUCAUCCACACAGGGGGCUCCAUCCACAGAGCUGGCCUCCGUGAGUGCCCUGUUCAUGGGGCCAGCUGCCACGGAGGCUGCGACCACACAACCCGAGGCCAUGGAGGCACUGUCCACCCAACCCGCGGUCAUGGAGGCCCUGUCCACCCAACCCGCGGUCAUGGAGGCCCUGUCCACCCAACCUGCGGUCAUGGAGGCCCUGUCCACCCAACCCGCGGCCAUGGAGGCCCUGUCCACACAACCCGUGGCCAUGGAGGCCCUGUCCACCCAACCUGCGGUCAUGGAGGCACUGUCCACAGAACCCUCAGUCAUGGAGGCACUGUCCACAGAACCCUCAGUCAUGGAGGCACUGUCCACAGAACCCUCAGUCAUGGAGGCACUGUCCACCCAACCUGUGGCCACAGAGGCCCUGACCACAGCGCUAGCUGCCAUGGAGGCACUGUCCACAGCAUUAGCUGCCACAGAGGCCCCUGACACGGAGGCCCCUUCCACAGAGCCGGCUGCCACGGAGACCCUGCCCAAGGACCCAGCCACCAUGAAGGCCCCAUCCACACAACCUGCUACCCCACGGGACCUAACCACAGCCCAUCCUGUGCCCUCUGACCCCCCCGGGGGCCCCGCCAUGGCAGUCAGCACUCCGUCUGGUGGCUCCAUCAAACAGCAGGAACACAGCCAGGCGCUCUCCCCCCGGAGCCCCGUGUCCUCCAGCCCCACCAGCGGCCUGGACUACGUCCCGGUGAAGCACUGCCUGCUGGCCAUCCUUGUGCUGGCCCUGGUGGCCACCACCUUCCUCGUGUGCACCGUGGUGCUGGCCGUCCGCCUUUCCCGCAAGAACCACAUGUACCCCGUGCGCAACUACUCGCCCACCGAGAUGGUCUGCAUCUCGGCCCUGCUGCCCGAGGGGGAGGAGGGGCCCGCGGUCACCGCCAACGGCAGCCUGCCCGCCACCAAGAAGCCAGGCCGAAAGGAAGGGUCCGGGGAGGACCGCGAAGGGGACGACCUCACCCUGCACAGCUUUCUCCCUUAGCUCCCCUGCCCAACCGCUGGAGCGGGACCCCUGUCUCCCUGCUCCCGCCACUGCCCUCCUGGCCACUGCCGAGCACCAGGCUUGGGCCAUGCGUCUGGGCUUCGAGGAAGUCCCCCAGGGGUAAGGACCUCUAGGGCAGAACCUCUGGCCACUCCCCCAGGCCGGAGGGCAGCCGUGGUUUCCCCUUCCUCCUGGCUGCUGGAGCCUCUCUCUCCUGAACCCAGGGAAGACUCUGGCCCUGCCCUCGCCCCACCGCUGCUGCCCCCUGGUGGCCAUGUUCGUCAUGCAUUUUGGGGACAGGUACUGAGCAGUGCUGGGUUCCCGAGGCCACUUCCUGCUGCUGCCCCACGGGAGGGCGGCUUGAAUUUUCCCAGAUACUCCUCCCCAGAGCCCAGGGUGCGGCCUUGCCCUGGAAGGCUGGGGCAGGGUUGGCGAGCCGAAGGCUACACACUUUUCUGACGCUGUGCGGACCGGCAAACGUCCUUCUCAUGACAGAGUGACGGCCUUCCUGCCCUCUCUUGCCUGCCCCUGUGUCCGACUGCAGGGCGGGCUCUGUCAUUUAAAGUGUGGGGCCAACAGACUUUUCUUAAAGGGCCAGGCAGGAAACGUUUUAGGUGUUGUGGGCCACAUGGUCUCUGUUGCAACUUCUCCACCCUGUUUGCAUCACAUGAAUGCAGCGAUGGUAAUAUGUCAUGAAUAAAUGUGUUUGGCUGAGUUCUAAUAAAACUUUAUUUAUAAACA